AUGCUGGCCCCCCAACAACAACCGCAACCCAGCACUACCUCUGGUAACAACUCGCCUUCCGGGGUAGCGGAUCGAAGGUACCACAUUGCCAUGAGCUACCAGGGCAAACCUUCUGAUCUUCCGACCAUGCCGGAUGCUGUUAAGUCUCAGAGUAUUCCGAUUUCUGGGGUUCAUAGGACGGCCUCAGAAGUGCAGCUGUGUGAAGAUGAGGCUUUGGCGGACUACCGAGACUUUGUGGUCUACUCUCGAAUUGUAAACGGGAUAUCACGCCAGCAAGAUCAAAGGCCAAGCCGCGACUUGUACUUGCGGCAGGAGAACGAUAGGUGCUUGUCACACAUCAUGUCGACACGAAAUGGCAAGAAUGAAGAGGCUGUUUCCAGUAGUAAGGACCGUAGGACACCCUUGCAGUGUCUCUCCCAGCACAUUGCUCAGGGGAUGGUGGACGACUACUUCUGUGGUGAAGACCCCCCUAGUAACGGACCUGCAGGCUAUUUCAACGAAGAGGAAGAAGACGACAUCUUUUCUUUGGAGCUCUGA